UUAUUUUCUAUAUGUAAAGUUUCAAAGUUGUCUGUAAAAGAAUGAUUUUCAGCCAAAAUAUGAUUUGAGACUAACCAGUUGUUUCCUGUGCUUUGUUCGAGAUGUUCCAAAUUCUUCCUGUUAUCGCUGCUUCGUAUUUCAAUUUGACUACACUUCCUGUAGAGAUGUGGUCAGCAAUCUUAAGAUAUCUAGACCCAGUGUCUCUAAUUAAUGUUGCUAGAUCAACACCUUAUUUACUUGAUGUCUGUCAAGGAGACCCAAUUUUAAGAAAACAAUUACAACGAGGAUUAAAAGAAGAGAAAAAUCUUGCUAUAGAUUUGAUUGCCAAUCCACGAAAGAUUCUCAUAGCUAAGAGAAGAUUGCUUGCGAAGCAGGCAUUUCACAAUGUGUUCGAGGAAAACGAAAGAUAUACAAAUAUUUUGAAGAGAAAAGCUUCAAGAAACUUGGACGAUAAUCAUAGACCAAAAAAGAAGGUUAAACUAUGUAGAAUUUGA